GAAGCGGUGGAGGCUGGAGCGCCCUCGGGCCUCGGCGCCAGAAGAUCUGGUAGAGUUUGCGGCGGCGGGGACAGCGGGGACGGAGGCAGCCGAGGCCAAAGUGGCGGGAUGAGCACGGGCCGCAGAGGAGGCCACAGGAAGAGGCCUCUUCUCCAAAUUCCCUCAUGGAAGAGUUGGCUACAGUGUCUGAAUGUCCCUUAUGGAGGGACUGGCUGCAGAAUCUGAAUAUUUGGAAAAGAAAGCCCUUUUCUCAAGGGUAAACCAUUGAUGCAAAAGACUUGACUCCAUAAUCUCCAUCUGCCCUAAUGCUGUCAUCUGGAGUAGAGACUCAGCCAGUUCCACUUGAUUCCUCCAUGUCUGCUGUGGUACAGGAAUUGUACUCUGAACUCUCAGUAAGUGUCUCCAAAGAGCUUUGUGCUGAGCAGGAGCCAAGUAUGACUCCAGACAUAAAGCCUGGAGCCUCAAGCUCUCCCAUAAGUCAUGACAGGGCAUCACCCCUGGGGUUGCAGAGGACUCAUGCAGAAGGUUGUUGUGAAGAAAGCUCUGAGACCUUGGAUGAUGGGGGCAAGACUGGGUGGUGUGGACUAGUGGACCCUACAAGAGAUCCUAUGGCUUAUGAGAUGUUGGAUAGGGAAGAGAGACCCAAGAGCAUGGAGCCAAAGGUCUUCAGAGAUCAAGGAGACCAGGUGCAAGUUUUCAGAGACCCAUGUGAGGGAGCAAAGGAAGACCUGUGUCAACAUUCCACAGCUACUAAAGAAAAGAUCUGCCCCUGUCAGGAUCUCCUCCUGAGACAAUCCAGCAAAGGACCUGUAUGUGCAGACCUUGCUGGAGAUCCACAAAAGAACAGAGGAAAUGUACACAAUACAACUGGAACUCUGCCAGAACCUACAGAAGAGAGACAAGGGAACUGUACUGUUUCCAAAAUGAGCAAAGGGAAGGAAGAGUCAUGUGACUUACACCCUGUCUGUAAAGAAGAUGACAAUCACCAGCAGAGUCUCAGCCACCGUAAGGAAAAGCACAGUUCUGCACAUGAUAGUGCCAUUGCUACAGGAAGCAGAGAUACUAUAAAACCCUCAGAAGAAAAUUCUAAAAUGUUAUAUCUCACACCAUCUUUGUCUGGUCCAAAAUCCUUAGAAAAAUGUGGUUUUGAAAGCAGUGGAUUGGUAAAGACAUCUGAAAAAAUGCACAAGGUUGAUCAAAGCAAGGACUUCACUUGUGGAGAAGAAAGGACUGUGGAAUCCAGUAACCACAGCAACUAUCACACUCAAGCUGGUUGUUCUUCUGCAGACAGCUGUAGUUCUAUGCUUAAUUCUUCUACUGAAGCCACAGAAAUUAUGUUUAAAAAAAAUGAUGUGAAAAUUACUUUAAACCUUCAUGGUAAUUUGAUAAACUCUGAGGACCAUAGAAAAACUGUUGUUGAUGUGACCCAUCCUGAGAAACACUCUGAGAAAAGCAGCUUUUUCUUACUGGUGAAUAUUGAGGAGUCUGAGCAAGCAGCUGUAAAGUCUAGUGCAUUAAAUGGGAAGAUUUACAGUAAAGAUGCUAAGUCAGUAGUCAGCAUCCAGAGAAAUCUGGAUGACUCUCUGCCAAAUAAAGCAUUUAGCAACGACUUUCCGUCUGAAAGAAAGCCCCUUCAGCAUUUGAUGCCAGAAGAUCCAGUAAGUUCUGAACGUAAUGAAAUACCAAAACCCAAGAAAGGUACUGCAAAAUUACCACCAUCUCUAGAAAACCCUGUUCAGACCUCCUGUGACAGCAUCUCACAUUUCGAUGAACCCAUCAGCACCUGUGAGAUGAUUGGACGCUCUCCCAACAGAGAACUGGUUACACACAAAAUAGAACAAGAAUGUGUUCCACAUCAACAAGUGUCCCUUAGUUCUCAAGACCAUGUGACAACUGACACAAGUGUAAACAGAGAAAUGCCUUCAGCAACGUGCAGAGCUGUUCAGGAGAGCCAUCCUCUGGAGAAUGGAGUAAAUGUUACUGCUGAUACUCAAACCAUUCCUGCUGAGACAAAAAUGGAAGCCAUGUCUCCACAAGGUGACAAAGCCUGUGGUGCCUCUUCAUACAUACAAACCUUAAACAUCAAAACAAAAAGCUCAGAAGGGCAAAAAGAAAUGACUGGUGAACAUUCCAUGCUAUUCUCAAGUGUGAGAGGAGCAGCUGGCUCUUCCUUUGUCACAGAAUGUCAAAAUGUUCAGUCUCAGGGUGUCUUCAGCUGCCAAUGCAUAACACAAGAUACAUCUGAAAAGAACAUGUGUUCUGCUUGUGUUGCCUAUCAACCUAGAAAAGAUAUUCUGAAAGUUAGCAACUGUAAAAUAAAAUGUGGAAAUGCAUCUCAGUAUGGUAAUCACUGCUUCCAAAGACCAGAAGAUUUUGUAGAAAAUAGCACCCUCUUGGAGAGUGAACCUGCUGGGAGAGAGAUGCCAAGCAGCAUCCUAGCAGGCACGGUCAGAAGUGCAAUGACAGCAGCUGUGUCACAUAGUGCUUCUGUGAACGCCGCUACUCACGUGGAAACCAGUGACAGAUCACUGGUUAGAAAAAAACAAGAUCAACACAAAGACACUGAGAUUUAUAAACACAGCAUCUCUGCUUGUGGCACACAAGAACUAAAGCAAUCUGCAAACAUUCCAAGUCCUGAAACAUUAGUGGACCAGUCUCUGAGUGUUAUUUCAUCUCAUUUUAAAACCAUGUACCAAGCAGCUGGAAGUCUUCACCAGAAAGCAGAUGAAGUCUCUGACUGUCAGAGUAACCAAAAUAGUCUAGACAAAUGCAGAUGUGAAGGAAAGCCAGCCAGGGAAGGACUGAAUGGUGACUACGGAGAGACCAUCCCUGAGCUAAGCCACAAGCAAAAGGAUCUGAUAAUCGGCUCAGGCAGUAAAGUCCCUUUGUCUUGUAGUAGUUUAAAGAUAAAAGAUUCCAAAAGAGCCUUUGAAAAUAUUCCUGGUUCUGAAGAGUUCACACACAGUGUGGUAGAUGUUGUAUGUCCAGACUGCAUAGAUGAGCCUACAGAGGGAGUGCUGGGUGUGGAAGCAUCUAGUCUCUCUGGUUGUUGUACAAGGCAAGGUACAUUGGCAUACCACGAGAUUUUAAGAAGUACCUCAUCUCUUCAAGGAGAACUGAAUGUUCUAUUUAAAGAUACACCUGGCUGGCACUCAGAACUCCCAAAUGCUGCUGCUGCUACUUCAGUAGACUCUCCUGAAAUGCAAAAAUCAAGUAAAGAAAAAGUAUGCAGAUCUCUAAAAGACUAUGAAAUAGAAGAAUGUCCAGACUCUGCCAUUGAUCAUGAAGUAAAAGCUGUUGUAGAUCAUGAACCAAAUAUAAGAGCACUGAGUAGAGGAGGUGUAUCUUUAAAUUACAGUCAUUGUGAGCGUCACGGUAAAGGAGGAUCCAUGACAGAAGGACUGAGACUUGAAGCAAAUUCUGAGUUUGGCAAGAAGAAAACUUUUGGAUUAUCCUUAAAAGACUCAAUGUCUCCUGGGUGCCAAGACUCUAUCAAGAUGGUGCAUUCUUGUCUGUCUUCUCAGGAACAUUCACCAGCUGAUGUUCAUGACGAAAUGCCUAACUCAAAACAUCACUUUAAACCCAAAGAUGAUGAAAUGCUUUGUGAAAAUGUCAAGGAUUGCACAGUUCUGUCUGACAUGAAGGAAGGAAUACCAAUGGAUUUAAGUAACCGUAGUGAAGGAGAUGGCACAUACAUCAGUGUGGACAAAAAUGUUUGCAAAACUUGUCACUCUCAUAAGAAUUCUAUUAAUAAACAUUUGCCUGUGACAAUGGAAACAGCAAUUAAACUGAAUAAAGUAGAAACUGAAGAACAUCAGAAGGGACUAUUUGGUCACAUACCUGUUGGGGAAGCAUCUGAGGAGACCGUCACCAGAGAAGGUCAUGAUGGUAAUUCUCAGAGCCACUUGAAAUGCCAGAGAGUACAAAAUUUUACUGAAACCCCACAAAACCAGGAAGCUGUGGACUUGCCAAAAGUAGAAUGUACAUAUCAAAAGGGCACACAUGCACUGUUGGAACAACACACGUCAUCAAACAUGUCGUCAGAUGAGAUGCAAAAUAAAAAGCAACCUGUGACUGACCAAGAUGAGUCUAUCAUGAUGGAAAAAGUCACCCUAAGAAAGCCAUCCAAGGACAAAAUUGCUAGACAGCUUCAGAAGUUGAAAUACCCAAAAGAAGAAAGCUUAUGUCUUUCAUUAAAGAAAGACAUUGAGUUAUGCACAGGUACUCGCCUUCCUGGUGCCUCCUGGAAAGAACAUGACCCCAGCUUUGCUGGAGGUGACCAAAUACACGGUGCCUUUGUGACUUUGUCAUAUCAGCCAAGAUUGCUUCCUCAUCGAACGUGUAAGAGAAUUUCCUGUCAGGAGCCGGUCAUUGUGCGGAGAAAAAUAAGUAAAGUGAGAAAUUCUGAUUGUGGAAAGAGUUUCUCUAACCGAAUCCCCACAAAAGCACACAGACUUCUCAGCCCAUGUACCGUGCCUGCCAAGCCAUUGGAACCUGAAACCACAGCUAGCGAGAGCUUGCGUAGCCACAUACCAAAGCCGAAGGCUACUCUGUGCCAUUCCUUGAGGAGCCUGAGUUGUAGGAAGCCUACCAAAGAAUCAGCCUUACUAAACAAGCUGUCUGUCCUUGCCUCCAAACUGACUCUGGCAACAAAGACCCAGAAACUCAGAUAUCGGCGAUAUUCCUCCUCCCUUGUUCCUUUGGCUAAAAACUAUAAGCGCCUCAGAUAUAAAAAGCUCCUAGAUGGAUUUUCACAUAAUGCAAUGCAGCUGGACCCAUAUUUAGCAGCUACUGGGUGGAAUAGGGGGUCUAACAGUAGGCCCUUGGCACUUUAUUCUCUUGAAGCUGUUAAAAUGAGCUUCAUAGAUCUGAGCAACAAGAUGCCAUCACUGCUGUUUGGUACCGAAAAUGUCCCAUUUUCCUUUCAUGUGAAAGCAGCAACCAGUUGCAUGGCUGAGUCCUCCAGGACUUUUCCUGAGCACUGUGCUCCAUCAAGGCUUGCCUUAACAGAGGCCUCCCAGUGCUCAACUCCAUCUCCCAAGUGGACCUUCUCUUUUUUCUUGUCCCACGUUUGCCCUGGGAUGGCCACAUUCAGGGAAGACACUGGCCUCAGUAGUCAGACACACACUCAGGCUCCUCUCCGAGAUUAUGGAGGCACUGCCAUAGUUCAGACCAGAGCAGACUGCUCUAGCCUUGGCCUUCACACACUUCUAGCACUUUGUUCACCCGGAUGUUACCGAAUCUGGACAAAAAGACGGAACUUCUCCAGUCAUAUGCCUAUCAUGCAGAGGCUCUUCUUGACCCAGUUUACACAGGGCCUAAAAGGGUUAAGGUCUCCAGCCUCUAUAGCAAAUAAGGUCUCCUGUUCUCUGCCCUACUCUGUGGGCCGAGUGUUGUCCAUUUGGAGCCAGCACGGGCCCUCUUGUACCUUCAAAUUGCCAGCUCUUCAUUCCACUCAUAGCAAGCAGCAGGGGAGCCUGAGCACCCUGAGCAGCCACACCACCAUACCAAAUGUGCCUCUUCCAGGCAUGGAUGCUGUCCACAACACCAACAGCAGUCACCUGAGGCUAGAGCCUGUGUUUCCUGCCUUGGUGCCAAAGUCUUGCUUGGUAACAGAACCUGCUGUCAGCACGCUCCUGCUCUCGGCCCCUGAACUCCCAGUUCCUGGGUUUGAUGAGCUGGAUGGUGUGUCAGCAGCUUGCCCCCGACCACAGAGCAGCCCUGCACAGCAGAAAGAGGCUGAGCCAGAGAAGAGACCAAAGAAAGUCUCACAGAUCCGCAUCCGGAAAACCAUUCCUAAACCAGAUCCCAACCUUACCCCAAUGGGCCUGCCUCGGCCCAAAAGGUUAAAGAAAAAGGAGUUUAGUUUAGAGGAAAUCUAUACAAACAAGAAUUACAAGUCUCCUCCUGCGAGCAGGUGUUUAGAGACCAUCUUUGAGGAACCCAAAGAACGAAAUGGUACCCUGAUCUCUGUCAGCCAGCAGAAAAGGAAGCGUGUUCUGGAAUUCCAGGAUUUUACAGUCCCUCGAAAGAGACGAGCUCGAGGUAAGGUGAAGCUGACCGGCAGCUUCACCAGGGCCCAGAAGGCGGCUCUGCAGACUCAAGAGCUGGAUGCUCUUCUGAUUCAAAAGCUGAUGGAACUGGAGACCUUUUUUGCCAAGGAGGAGGAACAGGAGCAUCAGCCAACUGCUGAGAACAGUUCAGGGUCUUCAUUUUGAACUUUUGCAGACCUCCCUGGAAGAGGUUCCCUGAUUUUAAGCCCUGUGCCCAAACCACUCAUGAUGCCCAGCCCAUGAAUUUUUACUUAUUUCAAGGUGCAGCCUUUUUAGAAGCUGGUGAAGAAGGGCCCUCUAACUGUACUGCUGAGUAUAGAGCCUCAGGAAUGCUCCUUUCUCCUGGGAGUGGUCCUGAAUGAUAUCAGGCCACCUCCUUCCCAUCUCCCAUCACAGGUGGGAAAGCCACACAUCUUAAGCAACACUAGGAAUCUAAGGACUCGGGGUCUGUGUGUCCACAGGAAAGCUCCUCUCCGUUUAUGGUGCUGCUCGCCCAAGAUGACUUAGAAACCUGGCCUGGGGGAGGACCUGGCUACCUGGCCUGUGUGUUCUCACCAGCUUGUUCUGGUGAUUGAGAAAGAUGAACUGGUGUGUUUCCUGACUUUGAUUCUGUCUGCCCAGGACCUUUAUUCUGAGAGAAUGUGUGUUUGUAUGUGUUUGUGGCUUUUCCCCAUCUUUUCUCCCAUCUGUGACUGCGGGUCACUAGUGCCAGAGGAGCCCGUCCAGGCCCCAAUGUAAGUUGCACUUUUUAAUGUUAUGGUGUUGAUUAUUUUCAUUUUUUUUCUUUUUUGUUUUUGUAUUAUUGCUGCAUGUUUGGGGUCUCUAAAUGUGAUUUUAAACCAUUUUGUAAGACAUUAAGGAGAAAGACAACACAUGUCUUAAGAGAAUAUAUGACAGGCAUUGACCAGCACAUGGAGGGGCAGUGUUCCCAUUCAUGUGUUCCAGGCAGCCCCUCCCCCUCCAGUUUUUCAUGUAGCUCACUAGAGGAAGCACUUUUUCACCCUCCUUCUCAGUCCUGCCCACUGAAUACAUAUAUUUGUUUAGUGACAUACAUAAAAGCAGAUUUCUUUUAUAACCACUUAAAAACUGUUAAGGUGUAGUGUGGUUUUCUCUGAAAUGUUGGUAUGUGAUGAAGUUAGGAGCAGUGGUGUUAAAGGCUGGCCAAGAGCAUUUUCAGCUGCUUGAAUGCCUGGUUCUGCAAAAUGCCAGAGCCAGCGCUCUCGGAGUACAUGCUUCAUGUACUCUAGCCUCUUUUGUAAAACCUAUUGGAAAUGUUUGCAUGCUAGAAGUAGCACAGUUUCUAGGUUUGUGCCCAGAGGUGUCUGCAGGCGGUAGGCUGACAUUGUCUGUGCAGCAGGCCCUCAGAGCUCACCCUCCCACUGUGUCCUCACCCUGCUCCCUCCUCUCCUUGUGUUUUCUCAUCCCAGUAUCUCUCCCAUUCAUUCUUUAUACCUAGCACUCAGAAUUCAGAGAGUCCGAAUAUCUGGCUGAUGGGUAAGAUGCUCAGGCUAGCUGCUGACCAGUGGUCAUUUCUUCCCAUUCUCCUAACCUGGUCCAGGGACAUAACCCUGUGUCUGUAAAGAAGAGUGAGCAGUGCUGUUCUGGAAUGUUGGCCAGUGCUCCUAGGAUUCUUUCAUUCCCCGUUUGUCAGUGGCUAGGGAGGAGGGGUGCCAGAUCGGGGUCUUUAUGUGCCUUUCCUUUGCAGGUUGGUGGUCUGGGCUACCCUGAAACAGUAAACUGGACAUGAACAGGGGAAACACACCAUGUCCUUCACCUCCUCAGCUAUUUAAAUAAGUUGACACACACCUGCUUUUCUGUGGAGACUUGAAGGUCAUGACUCUGUGAUAGAACAGAGCAGGCUAGAUUGCAUGCUGGCCCUCAGCAGUGAUGCACAUCCUGUUUUACACAUGCUGCCCGGACCAGAUACAUGUGACCUGUGUUCACUACAGGGAAUGGAAUGAGUUACACAUUGUGCCCUUCUACAAAUACAUCUAAGACAUUGUACAUUAGACAGCUUGCAAGCUAGUGGGCAGUAAAUAGCCAUUUGUCAGUUUUACCACCACCGUCACUGGGGCAUCCAGAUCACCCAGGAGACAACAGGUGAGGUAUGCACAGCUGUGGCACCACCAGCAUACAGACCUUCAUUCAGAAUUUGUCCCUGACUGAUGUGGCAUGUGAAAGGCUGGAAACACUGGUCUGGACUAUUAGCAUCUUGGAGCACAGGACUAGAGAGACCCAACUCCAUCCUUGUCCUGGGAAUGGAGGAGAAAAACUGCCUCAAGGCCAGCUUGGCUUGCCCUCUGGCAAAGGCCAUUCUGCUUCAACUAAGAGACUCAGCCACACCUGUCUUACCAUUAUGUUUCACAGCAGUCAGCCAGCCUCAGGGACACCUUAGUGUCCUUGGAACCUGUGGUCUCUGACCAUGACUGGAAGUAGUGGCUGCUGGCAUGUCACCUGCCAUAACUAUAGAUUGGUUCUGUGAUGGGAAUUGGUAAAGUUUCUGAGCAUGGGGAUUUCCCACCUAAGUGAAGAGAAGCUGCAUUAAGCACAAUGUGCCUAGUUGUAGCUCACCUCCAGAAGUUUAGUGUUUUAAUGGUCCAGCCAGAUGGCAGCCAUUUCCUUGGCCACCUUUCAGUUUCUCUCUGGAGCAGCCUCCUCCCUCACUAGUGCCUGUCUUCUUUUCCUCCCCUGUUGUCCCGUUCUGCCUCUCUCCAUCCAUCUAAAUGUACCUCAUCACCCGUUAAAGCAGAUUGUCUGUCUUCCUGCUGCCCUUACUGUAAGAGCUAACCAGGAGGGAGGUGCAGUGGGAAGAGAUGUAGCUUUUGCCUUACUCGAGCCUGAAGUGCUCAGAAACUCAUGCUGUGAAUUCUAAACUAUGUGCUCCUCCAAGAGCUGUGAAAAUCAUGACUUUUUUUUCCCCCCACAAUUUUGCCUGAAAGGGUCUUUUGUGAGGGCUCCAGAGCCAACCUGAGGUCAAUUCUAGAUCCUACACUAUGAGCAUCCUUCCCCUGGGUGUCUCCCUGCCCACCAGGCUAUGAGCAGCAGCAAGUCUGCAGGGCUAUGGCAGCAGGUCCAGGGCUGCAGUGCAGCCAAGUGGACACAGCCCUCGAUCUCCCCAGGCUGGGGCUCCAUCUCCUCUAUACUAUGUGCAUUAAGAUCUGUGCAAGACCAACUUUUAGGUCGUGAUACUUUCCUCCUGGUACCUGGGGGGAGGGGAGUAUGCAGUUGGUGCUUUCUUUAAUAUCCUUGGUUUGUUUCUAUAGCCUUCCCCUGGUAUCAUGAAAAGGGCCUUUUUAAUGACCACGUUAUGGGUGGCUGUAUCCAAAGUAUAAAUAAUUGGCCAGAGGUAUGGAAUGGCCUCACCUGAAUACCUGUCAGGAGAGGGCUACUUUCCUGGACUGAACUUCUAUAUAGAACUGGCUAGGAAGGAGACUUAAAUUUUGUUCAAAUCACAAUUAAUUAAUAUUCCAAUUUAGCUGCACUUUGACCAGCAAAAGCUAUCUUGGUUGUGAAGCUGAGGUCCUCAUCUGGUCGCCAUCCAGCCCAGCAUGCUAAACUCUGAGGCUUCUUCUGUCUUUAUAAUAAGACUGGUGUUGGCUGGAUUUUAAUUCUCAACAAGAGGCCCCCUUGAGCUAGGAUCUGGGCCAGUAAGUUGCUGUCCCAAUUGUUCCUGUAUUAUCAUGGCUGAUAGUUCGGUGAGAUGUGUUCAUCUUUGGUAACGCUAGUAUACAUGAUACCCUACAGUUCCUUUUCUGUUUGAUAGUUUGUGACUCUAAAUGCCCACUGUUACAUUAAUUAAUUUAUGGAAAUAAAUUUUUCUUGAAAACCA